AUGACAACCUUCAUUCGUAUGACACCGAGCUUGUUAUUGAUCGUGGGGUUGGCACUGACAGAUGUCGCCUUUGCGACCCGGUCGCUGACCAUGAAUCGUGGUAUGGGUGGCAUAACCAGCAUGAGAAACAUUACAGGAAAGGAUCGGGCCAGGCUCAAUACGUUCCAAAAUACUACCGCGCUGUUUGGUGUAGUCCCAGCGGUUAACCAGGACGUGGCCUAUACCGUCCAAGUGUUGAUAGGGAACCAAUCAUACAACCUCAUCGUUGAUACCGGGUCGGGAAAUACUUGGAUUGGGGCAGGCAAACCCUAUCAUCCAAGCUCUACGUCGAUACGAGAUGGAAGAGCAGUUUCUGUAACAUAUGGGAGCGGCACGUUCUCUGGGGUCCAGUACAACGAUACCAUCGUUCUGGGUAAUCUUACUGCUAGUGAUCAGUCAAUCUCUGUUGCAACUCAAGCUCAAGGCUUUGAGGGCUAUGACGGGAUUCUUGGGCUGGGUCCAGCAACAUUGACGGCCGGCACCCUUGCUGGGACGAACGCGCUUAUUCCUACAGUCAUGCAAACCCUGAAGAGCCAGGGGUCCAUUGAACAAAACGUACUUGGUGUCUACUUCCAACCUUUGGUAGGAUCGAACGUGACGGAAUUGAACGGGGAACUUUCUUUGGGUGGGCCCGACCCAUCGCGAUAUACCGGCAACAUCACUUUUACGAAUGUCACUUCAAAUUAUCCUUAUUCCUUGUACUGGGGUAUUGACAUCGAUACUAUAACAUACGAUGGGGACAACAAUAAAACAAUCCUGACUAACGCGGCUCCAGCUAUUAUAGAUACCGGUACGACAUUGACCUAUAUUCCGACCGCGACUAUGAAUGCGUUCCUAGCUGUAUCUGAUGGCCGGAUAGAUCCAGACACGAACCUCCCCGCUUUUCAAACAAAGCCUUCUUCCAAUAUCACCUUUAUUAUCUCCGGUACCUCACUGACCCUCUCGCCGGACCAAUAUCUUGUCUCCCAAGAGCAGUAUCCACUUUUCGGCCUGAACCAGACUUUUUUCUAUGCUUGGUUCGGAGAUGGAGGUGCAAGUGGUACGGUAAAUUUUAUUAUUGGCCAGAAAUUCUUGGAACACUUCUACUCGGUUUAUGAUACGACCAAUAGUCGAGUCGGUUUCGCUCCGGCUUUUCCGAAGGGUACCGAACGAAAGUUUGAAGCCGGAACUGCGAUUUCUGCUACUUCUUCCGCGCGUAAAGAUGAAAUUAUAUCAAGACAGGUCAGAAUAAGCUAG